AUGGGACAUGGAUAUGAGUUUGUCGUCAUGACCGUCUUUGCUCUCAUCAUCAUCAACAAGGCCGGUGGUUUAAUCUAUAACCGGACCUUCCAUGAGGGCGGCUUGAACAAGGUCAGCACCAACGACCUACUGGUGCUGGCGGGAACGUUCCAUGGUGUCCAUGCCAUCACCGCUCGCAUUAACCCCCUUCGACAUCUUAGUAAUAACGCCAACGCAGCUGCCGGUAACCGGUCCUCCUCUUCAUCUGGUUCGCUCGGCCUGCAAGCCCGCCCGGAUCCUCCUGCCGGGCUAGAAGUGCUCGAGACAGAGAACUUCCGGAUGCAAUGCUUUUGCACCUUGACGGGCACUAAGUUCUUGUUGUUCACCGACACCGCUCAGGCCAACGUGGAUGUGACGAUGCGGCGAGUUUAUGACAUGUACGCCGACUACGUCAUGAAGAACCCCUUCUACCAGCUCGAAAUGCCCAUCCGUUGCGAUAUGUUUGACCGGAAACUGUCUUCGUAUAUUAGGGAGAUCAACAACAGGUAG